ACGGUGCUUCAAUACCACCGCCAUUCGCCAAUAUUUACAUACCAUUUAAGCGGUACAUCUGCCGUGUCCACUCGUUUUUGCAACCACCACAACCACCAUGCACGACUUCCUGGACCCGGCCUCUCCUGAGAGGCCAGAAAUCAACAACAGCCAAGGUUCACACCUUAGGAGGAUACGACCCCCUGAUCCACAUGCCGAGUCCGCAGAGGCAAUCAGAAUACCGCUGAGGGCCGAAGGGGACAAGGCGCGCAGGCGGGAAUCGAGACUGGGAUUGAGGAACAUCUUCGGCCGGGGCAAAGGAGGAUCUGAUGCGGAUACAGGACCAGCUUCACCGCGAGAUGCUCCCCAAAGGCUUGGCGGAAUUCGAGCCUCGCUGGCCGAGAUCAAUUGGCCUUACGGUUCCCAGAGCGCGCCCGGGCAUCGAUCCGAAAUCUCGCUAUCGUCCUUCUCCAAGGUCCUACCCGCCGGACAGGCUUUGAAACACAAGAAAUCGGAGAGCAUCGUCCGCCAGCAGUCGAACCCGGAGGGCAUCGCGUCUUGGGACCCUCCUCGGUUGUUUCAAGCGUACCCACAGGCAAUCAAGCAUGCGAACCUCCCCGCAUGCACCGUCCCCGCCGAAGUCGUUCUCCGGAUGCAUACCCACAAGGGUAGCGGCUCACUCGCCGGGCUGUUGAGCCCAAGAGCAACUGACGUGAUGGAGGAUGCGAUGGGCGAGAAACCGAGAAGGGGUCAUCGGAGGAACGGGUCCGGUUCGACGUCGAGGUUCGAGUGGACAACCAAAAUCUACGUCCUCGCCACGUCGGGAUUCUUGCUGCAGUAUGCGGGUGAAGGUACCUUCGACCGACUCCCAGAAAGGGUCCUCCAGCUGGGAAAGGAUUCGGCAGCCUUCGCUAGCGACGCUAUUCCGGGCCGUCAUUGGGUCAUUCAAGUUUCGUCAGUCCCAGAUAUGGAUCGUGCUCCCGGGACCCCAACUUCGCUCCGCUCACGGCUUCCUUUUCGUGUCCAGGAGAGGAGGAAUUCCUCCUCUUUCCUGAUGGUGUUUGAGAGCGCCGAGGACAUGGAUAGCUGGCUCGCAACGCUGCGGCGAGAAAUCGAGACGCUUGGGGGACGGAAAGUCCUGUCGGAAACAGGGAAGCCCAAGACAGGAGGCGACGAUGCGCAAUUGAGGAGCCAGUCAAGCCAGAGGACUCUAGUGACGAGGGACCCGGAUCGAUUCUCUCGGGUCAUGACGCCGCCCGAACAAUCCUGGAACCAGGCUCUACCGAUCAUGAGCCCCAGCCCCGAAGCCCCGGCCCGCGAGCAGUCUUUCGAUGGCACCUCGACCGCGAGCUUCAUUUCACACGAAGGGAGACAGCUCGACGCCCUGAGGGACAGCUAUAAUCGCCUGUCGUUCAUUUCCUCGGGCCAGCGGACGAUGAUCACAUCUGUAGGGUCAUCACCAGCGUGUUCGCCGAUCCGAGAUUCCUUUGGGGAGUUUGAUCCGAUGCUUGAGCUCCCGGAACCCGAAGACCAGUCGCAACCGAAGCUGAGACCGAAUGCGAAGGCUAUUAUCGACCGGAGACAGUCGCUCCAGACGAUCAACCACGUCCUCGAGAUGGGCGUCGCCUCGGCUCAGUCCCACCGACCCAUAUCGACGUACUCGAAUUCCGGACAAUCGGAUGCGGGUGCAUCCGCGUCGCAAUCCACACCCAACUUCAGCGUGCCUCAUAGCGCAAGUAAACGGCACUCCAUCGGCAGGACCGUCCCGGGAAUGCCGCCCACGCAGGUGACAACUUCUUCCCUACUUGCGCGAACGGGCACACGAAGGCCACCACCGUCAGCCUUAUCCAUCAACCCACGCCCUUUGUCCUUGGUCGAGGAUCACCCUUCGCCCGCCCUGUCCGCUCUUAGCCGAGCCGGAACAGCCACAGAAGGCGCCGGAAGCUCUCUGUCAGCUACCCCAAUCACCCCGCCGAUAACUUUGAUCUCGCCUCACAGGGCCUUGAUCGAGGCGGCCAAGCGGAUUCGGGACGAGUCAAUUCGGGACUCGGGUAUCUCAACGCACGAAAGCACAUCGGAGGUUGUGCUGCGUAUGGACCCGCCGUCUUCCAAUGCCCCGCUGGAUCGCUGCUCGAAAGACUAUAGCGUGGUCCCAUCGCCCAGGCUCCCGCCCCCCAGCCCACACGACGUGCCCAGGUCGAGUACGUCGCUCGGCACGUACGGAGAGCCCCAGCGAGGACCUCCGGUGGCCGGAAAACCGACAACGCGGGUCCGGCGGCUGAGCCUCACCUCGCCUCAGCAAACCCAAAGGGGCGGCCUUCUUUCCCCUCCUUCUAUCCGGCCUGACCUGACACAACGGCCUCAUACGCCAACGUUGAGAUCGGUACCGAGGUCAUCGCAGCACCUCAGGCUCGACCCGCCGUCCCACACGGCUUAUCAGAGACGGAGCUUGUCACAACUGGCCGCCGAAGGACCACCACCUGCUCCCCCUCCAAACCGGGCCCUCCCUCCCCUUCCGCCAAGGACGACGGCACCGCCAGGGUUCAUCUGAUAAACUCUCUAUCUUUUUCCAUUGAGAUGUAUAGCUUUUGGCAAGUCUAGUCUUGACCUAAGCACCUGCCCACCUUGAGGCGAAUCAGGGUACGUCGUGCCACAGAACGACGUCUUUCACGAAUUUGUUAUAGAAACCACGACCGGUGGGGGUUUGAUUUUGUUUUACUGUCAUCU